CGUGCUUCGAGUCGCCUUGUAUCGUAAAAAUUAACGUAAACCAGGUUAGUUCCCAACUCGCUUUACGUAUUUCCGGUCUCAGUCCUACUUCCCUUCAGACGGUCGGCGGACAGCAGCGCGGAAGAGACUGCAGAAUGCUGGCAACAAGGGCCCUCAGCCUGAUUGGCAAACGCGCCAUCUCCACGUCUGUCUGCGUCCGUGGAGGACAUGGUGUUGCUAAAGUGGAGGACUACACUCUGCCUGCAUACUUUGACAGACGGGAGACCCCCCUUCCUGAUAUCGCCUACGUGCAGGCCCUGACUCCAGAGCAGAAGGCCCUGAAGGAGAAGGAGAAGGGAUCCUGGGCAGCUCUCUCUAAUGAUGAGAAGAUUGCAUUGUACCAUCUCAGCUUUAAACAAAGUUUUGCUGAGAUGAACCAGGGCACGGGGGAGUGGAAGUCUGUUGUUGGAGGGAUUAUGUUCUUUAUUGGUUUCACUGGCCUGAUUGUACUGUGGCAGAGAAAAUAUGUGUAUGGACCUGUCCCUCACACAUUUGAUCCUGAGUACAAGCAGCAGGAGCUUCAGCGCAUGCUGGACAUGAGAAUGAACCCCGUUGAGGGCUUCUCUGCCAAGUGGGACUACGAAAACAAACAAUGGAAAAAGUAAAUAAGAAAAAACAUGAAACAAUAAAACUUACUUUGACACGACAGGCAGAUACGAUCAUGCCUAUGUUUAUUUUCCAUUUGUUCAUUUUACCCCAAUCUGUGCUUUUUGGAAGACCACUUCCUCCUAUGGUCCUUGUGUACAAUAAAAACUGUUUAACCAAUUAAAA